AUGCGUCUCCUCUCGCUGGCCGUGCUGCUGUGGUGCUCCUGCGCCCGGGCCGGCUGCGAGCCCAAGAUCGUGAACAUAGGCGCAGUGCUGAGCCAGAAGCGCUACGAGCAGGUGUUCAAGGAUGCGGUGGCGCAGGCGAACCAGGUCUACGGCCGGGACAAGUUCAAGCUCACCGCCAUCUCCGUGACGCACAAGCCCAACGCGAUCCAGAUGGCGCUGUCGGUGUGUGAGGACCUGAUCUCCAGCCAGUACUUUUGGUCCAUUCCUCAAAGGCUCCUCACCUCCUCCCACCUCUGCUCCUCACCUCCUCCCACCUCUGCUCCCCUCCUCCCACCUCUGCUCACCUCCUCCCACCUCUGCUCACCUCCUCCCACCUCUGCUCACCUCCUCCCACCUCUGCUCACCUCCUUCCACCUCUGCUCCUCACCUCCUCCCACCUCUGCUCCUCACCUCCUCCCACCUCUGCUCCCCUCCUCCCACCUCUGCUCCUCACCUCCUCCCACCUCCCAUCCUCACCUCCUCCCACCUCUGCUCCUCACCUCUGCUCUUCACCUCCUCCCACCUCUGCUCACCUCCUUCCACCUCUGCUCCUCACCUCCUCCCACCUCUGCUCCUCACCUCCUCCCACCUCUGCUCCUCACCUCCUCCCACCUCUGCUCCUCACCUCCUCCCACCUCUGCUCUUCACCUCCUCCCACCUCUGCUCACCUCCUUCCACCUCUGCUCCUCACCUCCUCCCACCUCUGCUCCUCACCUCCUCCCACCUCCCAUCCUCACCUCCUCCCACCUCUGCUCCUCACCUCCUCCCACCUCUGCUCCUCACCUCCUCCCACCUCCCAUCCUCACCUCCUCCCACCUCUGCUCCUCACCUCCUCCCACCUCUGCUCCUCACCUCCUCCCACCUCCCAUCCUCACCUCCUCCCACCUCUGCUCCCCUCCUCCCACCUCUGCUCCUCACCUCCUCCCACCUCCCAUCCUCACCUCCUCCCACCUCUGCUCCUCACCUCCUCCCACCUCUGCUCCCCUCCUCCCACCUCUGCUCCCCUCCUCCCACCUCUGCUCCCCUCCUCCCAUCUCUGCUCCUCACCUCCUCCCACCUCUGCUCCUCACCUCCUCCCACCUCUGCUCCCCUCCUCCCACCUCUGCUCCCCUCCUCCCACCUCUGCUCCCCUCCUUCCACCUCUGCUCCUCACCUCCUCCCACCUCCCAUCCUCACCUCCUCCCACCUCUGCACCCCUCCUCCCACCUCUGCUCCUCACCUCCUCCCACCUCUGCUCCCCUCCUCCCACCUCUGCUCCUCACCUCCUCCCACCUCUGCUCCCCUCCUCCCACCUCUGCUCCCCUCCUCCCAUCUCUGCUCCUCACCUCCUCCCACCUCUGCUCCCCUCCUCCCACCUCUGCUCCUCACCUCUUCCCACCUCUGCUCCUCACCUCCUCCCACCUCUGCUCCCCUCCUCCCACCUCUGCUCCUCACCUCCUCCCACCUCUGCUCCCCUCCUCCCACCUCUGCUCCUCACCUCCUCCCACCUCUGCUCCCCUCCUCCCACCUCUGCUCCUCACCUCCUCCCACCUCUGCUCACCUCCUCCCACCUCUGCUCCUCACCUUCUCCCACCUCUGCUCCUCACCUCCUCCCACCUCUGCUCCUCACCUCCUCCCACCUCUGCUCCUCACCUCCUCCCACUGCUGCUGCCACACAUUAAAAUCAUCGUUAUUGUGUGUCUUCCCGAUGUUAGUCCAUGUUUCACUAACGACCUCAGCUGGCGUUCACGUCACAGUAAAUGA